CAUGCUUGUGGAUGUCUUUGUGCCAAGGGGAGGAGACAUGGGAGGGCUUGUGCUCAAUUUGUCAGCUUACUGAAACAUUGUGCCAGAGCAUUUUUCAUCAUGUAAAUGCACUGAGGAGAGAGAGAGGGAGAGAAAGGAAAGGGGAGGUAAGGAGGGCAGCAGAAAAAUACUGUGUCUUAGAGCUGUGAGGCAGAAGUGAUGGACUCAGCACUCAGAAAGUGACAUUCUUCUCCUACCGGGCUACAGAAAGCACACUGACCUCUCACUGUCUCCUGCGUUCUCACUGCCUGUGAGGAAUCUCCACAUUACAUCUAAAAACAAAUGUGGAUUUACUCUAUUUAGUAAUUUCAAGUGGAUUCUUUCAUAUUUGCUCAAUGCCUUCAGUACAAAGGACAUCUUCCCGACAAGUGCAGCUCCUGGUUCUAGAAUGAAGGUGUUUUAAUAACAGGCUUCAAACCGCAGUCCACCUUUAAGUGAAAAGACGGGUGCAGGUGACAAAAAACAAGUGAUCGAGAGAGACGACAGCCCCAAACAGCUUUCACACAGACCGGUGAUGACUUUCUUCAAGGGGACACUUCAAUCAGUGUUGCCAGGGAUAACAAGCUAGAGUUGACAAUUAUCUGGGGCUGUGCUUGGAUAAGAUGGCUUUGAGGGUGCAUUUAGAGAUGUUUUGAAACGGUUCCUGAAACCCCUGCCUGACACCAUCAGAGGAAAUGUGACAGCCAAAACAACAAACCACACCACACAACAACACACAAGCCAGAAAGAGUCAAAUAAAGCAACCCUACUAAAUGUGCAUAAGGUGUGUGUGAGUGAGAGCCCUUCCCAGACUGAUGGAGCUCCCUGCAGUGGUGCUGCUGUUCCUGGUGUAUGGUCUGGUGUCUGGAGCCCAGCAGCCCCAGGGCCAGGGGAACCGCCAGGAGAGCAACCCCCAGGCCAGGAGCCAGGGCAGAGCCCCGUCCCAGGAGUUUGAGAGCAGUGAGGAUGGCCUGGAGAGAGAGUUCCUGUAUUCUGGGCGGAGGAGCAGACGGGCCCUCGCCGACUCCCAGCAACCUGACAGGUGUUCAUACACCUUUAUCGUUCCCCAGCAGAAGGUGACAGGGGCCAUCUGUGUGAACCGCAAGGAGCCGGACGCAGUGCUGGAGAACCGCGUCAACAAGCAGGAGCUGGAGCUGCUGAACGGGGAGCUGCAGAAGCAGAAGAGGCAGAUCGAGACGCUGCAGCAGCUAGUGGAGGUGGACGGAGGCAUCGUCAACGAGGUCAAGCUGCUGAGGAAGGAGAGCAGGAACAUGAACUCCAGGGUGACCCAGCUCUACAUGCAGCUGCUACACGAGAUCAUCAGGAAGAGGGACAACGCCCUGGAGCUGUCCCAGAUGGAGAACCGCAUCCUCAACCAGACCUCGGAGAUGCAGCAGCUCACUAACCGCUACAAGGACCUGGAGCACAAGUACCAGCACCUGGCCUCUCUGGCCAAUAACCAGUCGGUCCUCAUCGCCCUGCUGGAGGAGCAGUGCCAGGGUCGGCCGGUCAGCCCCCCUCGCCCAGUCCCUGUACCCCAGCCCAGGCCUCAACCCCCACCCCCACCCCCACCCGCACCAUCACCACCCAUCAACAAGCCCUACCAACCUCCCACCGACCCACGCCUCACCAACCAGAUAACCAACGAGAUUCAGAGUGACCAGAAGUCUGUGCUGCCUGUCCUUCCUACCAUGCCCAGUGGCACAGGCAGCCCUUCUACCACCAACAAACCCUCUGGGCCAUGGAAGGACUGCCUGCAGGCCCUGGAGGAUGGCCACACGGCUAGUGGCAUGUACCUAGUGAAGCCAGAGAACGCCAACAGACUGAUGCAGGUGUGGUGUGACCAGAGACAUGACCCUGGUGGCUGGACUGUCAUCCAGAGGAGGCUGGAUGGAUCAGUCAACUUCUUCAGGAACUGGGAGACUUACAAGCAAGGCUUUGGAAACAUAGAUGGAGAGUAUUGGCUGGGCCUGGAGAACAUCUACUGGCUGACCAACCAAGGGAAUUACAAGCUGCUGGUGACUCUGGAGGACUGGUCUGGUAGGAAGGUGUUUGCAGAGUACGCCAGCUUCAGGCUGGAACCUGAGGCAGACUUCUACAAACUCAGGGUGGGCCGCUACCAUGGCAACGCCGGAGACUCCCUCACCUGGCACAACGGCAAACAGUUCACUACGUUGGACAGAGACCAUGAUGUGUAUACAGGUAACUGUGCCCACUACCAGAAGGGAGGCUGGUGGUACAAUGCAUGUGCCCAUUCUAACCUCAAUGGAGUAUGGUAUAGAGGUGGACACUACCGCAGUCGCUACCAAGAUGGAGUCUACUGGGCUGAAUUCAGAGGAGGGGCCUACUCCCUGAAGAAAGUAUCUAUGAUGAUAAGACCGAACCCAAACACCUUUCAUUAGGUAUCCAUGGCAAAACUAUUUCCUUUCCACGAACUUAAAUUCCAACAGCUCUUGAACUCUGAUACAAUGGAACCUCACACAACCAGAUCAAGAGGACGAUGACAUAGAAAGUGCAAUAUCUAAGCCUUGGAAAAGCAAUAAAGGAGAAGCAUCGUGCUGCUUCAAAGUCCCUUAGUAAACAAACAAAAAAAGUGUUUGACCAGAUACAAUGCAUUUUCACAGUAAACAAAUUAACAACAGCUUUUCUGCACGCUUAUAGGGAAAAGCAUUCAAAAUGUAUGGCACUUACACAAAUGAUUGAUGAUUGGCUGAGAGAAAUUGAUAAUAAAAAGAUUGUGGGAACUGUUUUGUUAGACUUCAGUGCAGCUUUUGACAUUAUCGAUCAUAAUCUGCUGCUGGAAAAACGUACACUACCGUUCAAAAGUUUGGGGUCACUUAGAAAUGUCCUUGUUUUCCAUGAAAACAUACAUGAAAUGAGUUGCAAAAUGAAUAGGAAAUAUAGUCAAGACGUUGACAAGGUUAUUAAUAAUGAUUUUUAAUUUAAAUAAUAAUUGUGUCAAAGAAUCCUCAAUUCGCAGCAGUUACAGCCUUACAGACCUUUGGCAUUCUAGUUGUCAAUUUGUUGAGGUAAUCUGAAGAGAUUUCACCCCGUGCUUCCUGAAGCACCUCUCACAAGUUGGAUUGGCUUGAUGGGCACUUUUUACAUACCAUAUGGUCAAGCUGCUCCCACAACAGCGCAAUAGGGUUGAGAUCUGUUGACCUUGCUGGCCACUCCAUUAUAGACAGAAUACCAGCUGACCUCUUCUUCCCUAAAUAGUUCUUGCAUAGUUUGGAGCUGUGCUUUAGGUCAUUGUCCUGUUGUAGGAGGAAAUUGGCUCCAAUUAAGCGCCGUCCACAGGGUAUGGCGUUGCAAAAUGGAGUGAUAGCCUUUCUUCAUGAUCCCUUUUACUCUGUACAAAUCUCCCAAUUUACCACCAAAGCACCCCCAGACCAUCACAUUGCCUCCACCAUGCUUGACAGAUGGCAUCAAGCACUCCUCCAGCAUCUAUUCAUUUUUUCUGCAUCUCACGAAUGUUCUUCCUUGUGAUCCGAACACUUAGAUUUGUCUGUCCAUAACACUUUUUUCCAAUCUUCCUCUGUCCAGUGUCUGUGUUCUUUUGCCCAUCUAAUUAUUUUAUUUUUAUUGGCCAGUCUGCGAUAUGGCUUUUUCUUUGCAACUCUGCCUAGAAGGCCAGCAUCCCGGAGUCGCCUCUUCACUGUUGACGUUGAGACUGGUGUUUUGAGGGUACUAUUUCAUGAAGCUGCCAGUUGAGGACAUGUCUGUUUCUCAAACUAGACCCUCUAAUGUACUUGUCUUCUUGCUCAGUUGUGCACCGGGGCCUCCCACUCUUCUUUCUAUUCUGGUUAGGGCCAGUUUGCACUGUUCUGUGAAGGGAAUAGUACACAGCGUUGUACGAGAUCUUCAGUUUCUUGGAAAUGUCUUGAAUGAAAUAGCCUUAAUUUCUCAGAACAACAAUAGACUGAUGUCUUUCAGAAGAAAGUUCUUUGUUUCUGGCCAUUUUGAGCCUGUACUCAAACCCACAAAUGCUGAUGCUCCUGAUACUCAACUAGUCUAAAGAAGGACAUUUUUAUUGCUGUAAUCACCACAACAGUUUUCAGCUGUGCUAACAUAAUUGCAAAAGGGUUUUCUAAUGAUCCAUUAGACUUUUAAAAUUAUAAACUUGGAUUAGCUAACACAACGUGUCAUUGGAACACAGGAGUGAUGGUUGCUGAUAAUGGGCCUCUGUAUGCCGAUGUAGAUAUUCCAUAAAAAAAUCAGCCGUUUCCAGCUACAAUAGUAAUUUACAACAUUAACAAUGUCUACACUGUAUUUCUGAUCAAUAAUUUGAUGUUAUUUUAAUGGACCAAAAAUGUGCUUUUCUUUCAAAAACAAGGACAUUUCUAAGUGACCCCAAGCUUUUGAAUGGUAGUGUAUGUGUUAUGGCUUUACAUCCCCUGGUAUAUUGUGGAUCAAGAGUUACCUGUCUAACAGAACACAGAGGGUAUUCUUUAAUGGAAACUUCUCCAACAUAAUCCAGGUAUAGUCAGGCAUUCCCCAGGGCAGCUAUCUAGGCCCCUUACUUUUUUCAAUCUUUACUAAUGACCUGCCACUGCCUCUGAGUAAAGCCUGUGUUUCAAUGUAUGCUGAUGAUUCAACACUAUACACUUCAACUACUACAGCAAGUAAAAUAACUGUAACACUUAAAGAGCUGCAGUCAGUUUCAGAAUGGGUGGCAAGAAAUAAGUUAGUCCUGAAUAUUUCAAAAACUAAAAGCAUUGUAUUUGGGACAAAUCAUUCACUAUACCCUAAGAAUCAUCUAAAUCUUGUAAUGAAUAAUGUGCCCAUUAAGCAAGUUGAGGAGACUAAACUGCUUGGAAUGGUCCUGGAUUGUAAACUAUCAUGGUCAAAACAUAUUGAUGCAACAGUAGCUAAGAUGGGGCGAAGUCUGUCCAUAAUAAAGUGCUGUUCUGCCUUGUUAACAGCGCUAUUGACAAGGCAGGUCCUACAGGCCCUAGUUUUGUCGGACCUGGACGACUGUCCAGUCGUGUGGUCAGGUGCCACGCGACUGGAAAGAACAGGCCCAGAACAGGACAGCACGGCUGGGUCUUAAAUGUACAUGGGGAGCUAACAUUAAUAUGUCAAUCUCUCCUGGCUCAAAAUUUAGGAGAUUGACUUUAUCACUGCUUGUAUUUGUGAGACGUAUUUACAUGUUGAAUGCACCGACACCCAUGCAUACCCCACAAGACAUGCCACCAGAGGUCUCUUCACAGUCCCCAAGUCUAGAACAGACUAUAGGAGGCACACAUUACUACAUAGAACUCUAUUCCACAUCAAGUAACUCAUGCAAGCAGUUAAAUCAGAUUGAAAAACCCUAGAUAAAAACACACCUUAUGGAACAGCAGGGACUGUGAAGAGGCACACACACACAAAUGAUAACGUACGCACUAUACACACACGUACACAUGGAUUAUGUGUUGUAGAUAUGUGGUAGUAGAGUAGUGGCCUGGGGACACACAUUUAAUGUGUUGUGAAAUGUAAUGUUAUGUUUUUAAUUGUAUAUAACUGCCUUAAUUUUGCUGGACCCCAGGAAGAGUAGCUGCUGCUAAUGGGGAUCCAUAAUAAAAACAAAUGUUGCUCCAAAGACAAACAUAUGCACUAGCACAGCUUUAUGCUUGCUUCUUUCCCUUCAAAUUCUAUUCAAAUGUGGCUGUUAAGGUGUACUGCUGCCUUAGAACUGAUGGAACGGUGUGAUUCAUUUGGGAUAAAACAAAGAUAAAAAGAAAAUUAGGAGAGAGUACGUCAGUUCACAGUACUUACACUAAGGAGCUUGGGAUUGCGAUCUUAUAUUGAAGUCUGUAUGUAUUAUAAUGCAAUAAAUAUUUUUAUUAGAAUGAAGAUGACACAGGACAUUAUAUCCAGUGACUAGCCUUAUUUUGUUUAAAGCAAGCUCUUCAAGUGAGUAAUUUAUAUGAAACAAUAAUCAUAUUUCUUGGUACAGGUACUCAUGUUGUGUAUACCUGCAAUUCAUUCACCAUUAGCCAUCAUCUUUGUUAAGAUAUACAAUCUAAUGUCUACCACGGAUGUUAAAGGAGGCACAGAUACAAUAGUCUGGUACUGCCAACAAUCAUCACCUGAUAUCUGUCUUACAAACUCACAGUAAACAAUGAUGUAUAUCAUUCAACUAUGCAUAACGCUUGUGUGGCACAGUAGUCCAAGGUACAGGGUCCAGAAAAACCGAAGUACAAAAGUUUUGAGAAUGAUACAAAUAUACAUUUUCACAAAGUCUGCUGCCUCAGUUUGUAUGAUGGCAAUUUGCAUAUACUCCAGAAUGUUAUGAAGAGUGAUCAGAUGAAUUGCAAUUAAUUGCAAAGUCCCUCUUUGCCAUGCAAGUGAAUUGAAUCCCCCAAAAACAUUUAAUCUGCAUUUCAGCCCUGCCACAAAAGGACCAGCUGACAUUAUGUCAGUGAUUCUCUCGUUAACACAGGUGUGAGGACAAGGCUGGAGAUCCCUCUGUCAUGCUGAUUGAGUUCGAAUAACAGACUGGAAGCUUCAAAAGGAGGGUGGUGCUUGGAAUCAUUGUUCUUCCUCUGUCAAACAUGGUUACCUGCAAGGAAACACGUGCCGUCAUCAUUGCUUUGUACAAAAAGGGCUUCACAGGCAAGGACAUUGCUGCCAGUAAGAUUGCACCUAAAUCAACCAUUUAACGGAUGAUCAAGAACUUCAAGGAGAGCGGUUCAAUUGUUGUGAAGAAGGCUUCAGGGCGCCCAAGAAAGUCCAGCAAGCGCCAGGACCGUCUCCUAAAGUUGAUUCAGCUGCGGGAUCGGAGCACCACCAGUACAGAGCUUGCUCAGGAAUGACAGCAGGCAGGUGUGAGUGCAUCUGCACGCACAGUGAGGCGAAGACUUUUGGAGGAUGGCCUGGUGUCAAGAAGGGCAGCAAAGAAGACACUUCUCUCCAGGAAAAACAUAAGGGACAGACGGAUAUUCUGCAAAAGGUACAGGGAUUGGACUGCUGAGGACUGGGGUGAAGUCAUUUUCUCUGAUGAAUCCCCCUUCCGAUUGUUUGGGGCAUCGGGAAAAAAGCUUGUCCGGGGAAGACAAGGUGAGCGCUACCAUCAGUCCUGUGUCAUGCCAACAGUAAAGCAUCCUGAGGUCAUUCAUGUGUGGGGUUGCUUCUCAGCCAAGGGAGUGGGCUCACUCACAAUUUUGCCUAAGAACACAGCCAUGAAUAAAGAAUGGUACCAACACAUCCCCCGAGAGACACUUCUCCCAACCAUCCAGGAACAGUUUGGUGAUAAACAAUGCCUUUUCCAGCAUGAUGGAGCACCUUUCCAUAAGGCAAAAGUGAUAACUAAGUGGCUCGGGGAACAAAACAUUGAUAUUUUGGGUCCAUGGCCAGGAAACUCCCCAGACCUUAAUCCCAUUGAGAACUUGUGGUCAAUCCUCAAGAGGCGGGUGGACAAACAAAAACCCACAAAUUCUGACAAACUCCAAGCAUUGGUUAUGCAAGAAUAGGCUGCCAUCAUUCAGGAUGUGGCCCAGAAGUUAAUUGACAGCAUGCCAGGGCGGAUUGCAGAGGUCUUGAAAAAGAGGGGUCAACAUUGUAAAUAUUGACUCUUUGCAUCAACUUCAUGUAAUUGUCAAUAAAAGCCUUUGACACUUAUGAAAUGGUUGUAAUUAUACUUCAGUAUUCCAUAGUAACAUCUGACAAAAAUAUCUAAAGACACUGAAGCAGCAAACUUUGCGAAAAUUAAUAUUUGUGUCAUUCUCAAAACUUUUGGCCACGACUAUUCAAUGACAACUGACUUGAUCAUAAGUCUAGAUGGUAGAGUGAUAUUUCAUCAAAUAUAAAGGUUACAUGCAGCUGUCAUAUUUCAAUAUUGCUUUCUGACAUGAAAACUCAAUUUUUAGCUUGCAACCAAGGAACAAUGUAUACUGUACUGUAUUGUUGGUGUAAAAUGACUCAACACAUUUUGUCUGUACAUAAAAUAUAUUUGUAAUAUAAUGUAACAAAGCUAACAUGUAUCACUAUACAGUUGCAAUAAACGAUGUGCAGCUUC